UAUGUUUGCGGGUACCAAGCUGCGGCUGCAGCAUGUUACUUCUCUUAAUCCCUCUCCGCUGUUGACCGUGACAGCCCCGUGCAGUGGCCCCAAAAUGUACGGUGAUGGGGAGGGCACCGUGUGGGACCGGGUCGGGCGGCCCCAUCGGGACUGUAUGUGCUAUCUUGGACCUCCGACAAACUUGAUGCCGCUCGGGAUGCGCAAGUCGCCCGAAGUGAGCCCCAGAAGGCUUUCGGACAUCAGCCCUCAGCUCAGACAACUCAAGUACCUUGUAGUGGACGAGGCCAUCAAAGAAGACCUCAAGUCUUCCCGCUCAGUGGAGGACAUCAACAGUGCAUCCAUAGAAGAGCGAAUACUGCGUAUCACUGGAUAUUAUGGCUACCAGCCUUGGAAUGCCAGCUACAAAAGGGAAGAGCGGCCAAGGGAGCAUGUGGCGCACAGCGGCCCAGACGUGCAGUCGUCGGCGGGCGCGGCGGGUCCGGAAUCGAGCUCCAGCAGGCGGAAGCUGCACUGCUGCAUCCGGAUCACGGCGGUGCAGGUGCGGAAAGCCUUGUGGGGAGUCGCCAUGGUGAUGUGCGUCUGCUCCUCGUGGGCAGGUUCUACCCAGCUGGCCAAGCUGACCUUCAAGCACUUUGAUGCCCCCUUCACCCUCACUUGGUUUGCCACCACCUGGAACUGCCUCUUCUUCCCGCUCUACUACGUCGGGCACCUGUGCAAGAGUCCGGAAAGGCAAACGGCCAGACACAGAUUAAGGGAGUGUUGUCGCUUUUUCGGGGACGACGGGCUGACCCCCAAGGUGUUCUUCACCAAGGUGGCCCCUUUCGGCCUGUUGUGGAUCCUCACCAACUACUUGUACCUGCAGGCCCUCAGGAAGAUCAACACAACAGACGUGUCAGCGCUCUUUUGUUGUAACAAGGCCUUCGUCUUCCUGCUCUCAUGGAUUGUGCUAAGAGACCGCUUCAUGGGCGUCAGGAUAGUGGCGGCCAUAUUGGCCAUUGCAGGCAUCGUCAUGAUGACCUACGCUGAUGGUUUCCACAGUCACUCGGUCAUUGGCAUCACUCUGGUUGUUACUUCAGCAUCCAUGUCUGCACUAUACAAGGUUCUCUUCAAGAUGGUCCUCGGCAGUGCCAAAUUCGGGGAGGCUGCACUUUUUCUGACUAUUGUGGGAGGUGCCAACUUUGUUUUUAUCAGCAUUGUGCCCAUCGUCCUAUAUUUUACCCGAGUUGAGUACAUUGAAUCGGCAGGCGACAUCCCCUGGGGCUACUUCUGUGGGGUUGCAGCACUGCUUUUAGCUUUCAACAUCCUGGUCAACUUCGGCAUCGCCAUAACAUAUCCAACAUCUAUCUCCCUUGGCAUCGUCCUAAGUGUUCCUGUCAAUGCCAUGGUGGACUUCUUCACGUGUGAGAUUAAUUUCAACACGGUGCGCCUCUUUGCCGUCUCCAUCAUCUGUCUGGGCUUUCUCAUGCUGCUCCUUCCGGAGGACUGGGACCAGUGCAUCAUCCGCCUCAGCACCAAGCUACGCAAACGUGACGAGCCGGCCGAGGGCAGCGCCGAAGCAGGGGCCUCCACGGGACUCAACUGGAGGGGCCGAGCCAGGACCUCCAUGGCAACAUUUUCACACUGAUUGGGACCAUGUGGUCGGAGCUGGAUGGAAUGUUUAAGGGCCUCUAUUGACGCAGCCUCCUCGGCUGCGAACGUUUGGACCAGGAAGAGAGGUUAUACCAUCACUCAGUUGAUGCAUGGAUGCAAAUCAGAUGUACCCUCCUUACCUAAAUAUAAUCAGGUAUUAGACAAAGUUAAAGCUGUACCUGUCAUGAAUUUUUCCAAUGGUCACCUUCACCUGAGAAGACUUGCCAACUUAAUUGGAGAAGAAAGUCAGUACCAUGUGGACUUGGCUGUCUUAAAACAAAACACAUGCUUAAAAAUCCAAAGAAGAAUGCCUACAAAUGCAGGAGGCCCCAAGUGGCAUCCCUCAGUCAUUCUUCCUUCUUUGCACUGGUUAACAGCUUGUAGUUCACACCUGCCGACCCGAUGUACUCCUGUGGUGUGAACAGGCCCGUGUGGACAUGCGAGGCUCAGUGUGAGCUCGACAUGCUUUUACUGAACCUCGCUCCAUCCCAAGCCUUUUUUGGACCUCUCUGAUUGGCUUCCUGCAUUCAUGUGCUCUCUCUCUCGGGGCAAAGCGGGAACUCCUGUCAAAGUGGAAGUGGCGACACCCACCGCUCUGGCAGUGGAGAGCUCUGAAAAGUAAAAUGUGCAAUGCAUGAUUAGCUUGGCUUAUCAUGACGAGAGACUGCUUUCAGUUCAGCUGAUUUGCUAAAGAUUACUGUCAGUUUAAGUAUCGUAACCUGUGGUUAAAAGCAAUUAGGUUCACUGUGAAUGGAACUACACUGAGCCCCCCCCCAAUGGGUCUCUGUCAUUUAACUCAUACACAGUUGAGUCAUAUGAAGCAAAUUCCAACUUGAUAAAGCGCUAUUUAAGUGCAGUCCAUUUACCCUCCCAUUUUUAUAAACAGUUGGUAAGUUUUCAAAUUUCCCACUCACUGGACCCUUCAUGAAGUACACAAAGCACAAUAAAAUUAGAUCCAAUCAGGAGUUGUAGCAAAGGUUGACA